AUGGAGAAUCCGUCGGAAUUGGGAUUUGACAUGGCGAUGGAGAAUCCGGCCAAUGGCCGGCCACCAGAUGAACCUCCCGACACGCCGCUACUCUUUAAAGGUAUGAAGCCCUCUUUUCGAGACAUCACUCUUCUUUCGAAGCCGCUUCCCCCUCCGCCCCAAAAGCGAGAUCUGUUCAAAGAACAAAAAGCGAGGAUUAAGCUCAUCGACAAUGAUCGAUUGAAGCCGGUCUUGGAGCUAGACCCAGAAUAUUAUGCCUCAGUAUGCCGUCCGUAUGAAGAUGGGUUGGUGGUUCGCCUAUUAUGUAAAAAAGUUUCUUAUUUCUACAUGAAAGAGGGGCUUAAGCGUUUGUGGAAACCUCACGGACAUCUUGAGCUGAUUGAUCUAGCUAAUGGUUUUUUUAUGGUGAAAUUCACAAGAGAAGAUGAUAGGGACACAGCCCUAAAUGGGGGUCCUUGGAUGCUUUCAGGACAUUAUGUCACACUUCAGAAAUGGACUCCUCAGUUCAAUCCUUUUAAUGAUGUGAUCGAAAACACCUUGGUUUGGAUUCAUCUUUCAGGGCUAAAUCUCGCUAUGUUUGAUGAGAAUAUUAUGUUUUGCCUGGCAUCUAUGGUGGGCACUCCAGUACGGAUACAUAUUAACACCUCUAAUGUCGAAAGGGGGAAGUAUGCUCGAGCUUGCGUCCAGAUUGAUUUGAAUCAGCCCGUGGUUGGGCAGGUGGGUUUUCAGGGAACUUGGUACAAGGUGGAGUAUGAGGGCCUUUACCUACUAUGCCCCUUAUGUGGUCGAUAUGGCCACAACCGCAACAUGUGUUCUUUUGUUAAGCCAGUGGAGUCUGAGGAAACGUUGCCACCACUUGAUAAGGGUAAAGCCAUUAGUUCUGAAUAUGACAUGAAUCCCCCAACCGAAUUACAUGGUGAUUGGCUGGUAGAACAGAGAAGGAGGAGGGGAAAACCGAACAAAAAUGUAGGUAAGAGCGAGACGACACCUCCGAGUAGGACUGCUCACAAAAGGCCUAGUAAGGAGAAGCCUAACUCUUAG